AUGACAGCAAUGCUAGUAGCAUAUGUCUUGGACUCAUAUCGAUGGCUAACAAGUGGCUGCUCGUUGGUUGGGCAACCUGAGCCAAAAGAAGUGCUGGCUGUGAUGUUCAUGGCAUUGAUGUACUCCAAGGAAAAGGAGGUUGUUCAGGGGGCAUGGUGUGAAUUCAACAAAGUUCAGGCUGCCAACCUGCAGGGUGGUGGUGACAUGUUCACUGCCCAAGAGGUGGAAUUACUUUGUGGCUCCAUGAAGGCUGCAAAGAGCAACAGUACACAAAGAUAUGGCACGAAUCAGCCAUGUUAUGAGGCAUGGGAAGAUUCUGGGCGAGCAGCUCGCCCAGAAACAGUCACAUAUUGGGUGGUCACUGUACCAGAGCUGUCCAAAUUGAUAUCUAUUGUUCUUGUGUCCCAAGCUGCAAAUGUGGUGAAUCCACAGAAACAUCCUGAUGCUAUAUGCCGCAUGCUGAGACCUAAACCUAGCCAACCUUUUUGGGAUGGAAGAGGGUACCAUAAGAGUAGUGAGCUUCCUCAACAUAAUGCUGGUGUCUGCAAAAUUACUUUGCAUUUUCCAUUGAUUCAUUGUGCACGAUCUUGGACCAGACCCACUGAACGCAUCAAGUUGCCAACCUGCACAGCCACCCUCCAACAGCUCGAUAAUGUGGUUGGCAUAAGUCAAUUACCUCCUCUGGAGUUGUUUGCCCGAUCUCAACCCAGCCUCGUCAAGCAUGCCCCCAAACUGUGUCGUGGCACCAAACAAGAACGCAGUGAUCUCAAACCAAGAGUAAUCAGAGCGAACAGAAAACAUCAAGAGACUGAACAUUCAUGUCUAAUGAUGAAAGUUUACAUGCCAAAUUACCAGAAGGAGUUGCAACUGGGCAACAUCAUUAUUGUUGACUGUCACCUUCAACAAUUCCAUGAGACUCAAGGGCCGAAGGAUAGUGGGUAUUAG